AUGGGGGGGCACCUUUCCCCCCCGAGUUUCACACUGGAGGUCAGCUCGCGGCACACGCCCCAGCCCCAGGCGGAGCUCCCCCAGGAGCCGGAAUUCUCUGGCUGCAACUCCCGUGCGCGUCAGAGCGACACGACCGGGGAGCUGGGCUUCAAGGAGUUCAAGUAUUUGUGGGGGAACAUCAAGAAGUGGCAGUGUGUCUACAAACAGUACGACACGGACCGAUCCGGCACCAUCGGGAGCAGCGAGCUGCCAGGCACCUUCGAGGCGACGGGCUUCCGGCUAAACGAGCAGCUGUACCAGAUGAUCGUGCGCAGGUACUCGGACGAGAACGGCCACAUGGACUUCGACAACUUCAUCAGCUGCCUGGUUUGCCUGGAUGCCAUGGUUCGUAAGUGGCUUGCAGAUGUAUACAGCACCUGGCACAAUGGCGGCCUGGUCCAUGACACGGGCUCCUAG